UCUAACAACUUUAAUUUUUGGCUAAUACAAGCAUAACAUUUACUAUAAUAAGCCAUUUGUCUGGGAAAAGUUUAUGCAAAUAGUAUUUUAAUACUUUUGUCAUUCUAAAAGAAUGACAAUGUGUCUGACUUCCUAAUUUUUGACUAGUAUAAAAAGAGUAUUUUUUGUUAUCAGCCCAUUAUUAAAGCCAUCUGGAAAAAGUUAUUUGAAGUUCAUAAAAGAUUUUCUAAAACAAAUAUGUGGAAAAGAGCCGUUUGGCAAGAAGAUUUGCAAGAAGAAAAAGGUGUAAUUCCUUCUAAUUGGAUAGAUAAUAAAACAGUUUAUUGGCCUCCUGGUACAAAAGCUUUAAACGCAAUGAAAGCACGCCAAAAUCCUGAGAAGAAUUGGCUGAAGUUUCCAUUAAUAAAAGUUAAAUUCUCUUCAGAAAGCAAACAGGAUUGUGAAAAUUUUGAUUUCACAACCACAGAAGAAAAAAGCGACAAUGAAGAUGUUGAUUUUCAUCGAAAAAGAAAAUAUAAACAAAGAGAAUUUCCUGAUUAUUUUCCAAGUUCAGUUAUCAAAGAUUUGGAUGAAGUGUCAAUGUUUCUGACCUCCAGUAGUUCAUCAAUUAAAUCUAUAGAACCAAAAGUUGACAUGGAUGGAAAGAACCUAAACUCACCUUUCCCAAAGUUUUUCCAAGAAGACAUCAAUUCUUCUUUGUUUUUUGAAGAUAUAGCACACGAUGAAGUUAAGGAAAGUGGAAAUAAACUACAGAAAUUAGAUAACGUUGAUAAGUUUCCAAUGUCUGAGGGCAAGUUUCAAAAGAGAGUGUUGUAUCUACUUACCGAUAUAAGAAAUGAGAUGCGAAAUCAAAACAGAUUGAUUGAGCCUGCUUCCAAUAGUGAAUUUGUAAACCAAAUAAGGUUUAUUUCAUCAGAAGUGGAGUUAACUGAAGUGGAUAAAACAUUAGAUGACGAAAAAGUCCGUUCAUUGUGGGUAAAUCAGCUACAAUUAAUUGGUGGAACAUCUUUAAAAGAUAAAAUACACAAAAUUAUGCUGAGAAUAUUUUCAAACAGUUUUAUGGCCACCAUGAGUAUGAAAGGCAAAAAUGGCAAAAUUUGUUUUAAGAACACAAAUUUAUAUGGCGUUGUUAAAGCUUCUACUAUUAAAUACGAUGGAGCGACAGAAAAUUUGAUUAAUGGAGUAUUGUCUGAUUUCCUAAAAUACGCUCCAUUUCGAAAAGGUGGCGGUAAAGAAAAGAAAUUAUAAAUUUUAUUCAAAUAUAUGUAAUAUUUAAAUAUAUAUAUAUAU